CACUCUAACCGCGCAGCGCGUCGAUCAGUGGUGCGCUGUGUCCCUCGGACACAGCGGAUCACAGAUCAACGGAAAGAGCUGAAGAUCUGUGUCCAAUCACAGCUGAUCACAUGGCACAUGUACAAUGAUCAUCAGGGCACUGAUGAUCAGUGUGCCCUGAUGAUCAGUGUAGCCCCAGCAGUGCCACCUGUCAGUGUCCAUCAAUGCCAGCUGUCAGUACUCCUCUGUGCCACCUGCCAGUGUCCAUCAGUGCCUACCAGUGCACAUCAAUGCCACAUAUCAGUGCCCAUCUGAGCUGCCUUUUAGUGUCACCUAACAGUGCCAGUCAGUGCUGCCUAUCAGUGCCACCUAUCAGUGUCGCCUAUCAGUGCCAUAUAUGAGUGCUGCCUUUCAGUGCCCAUCAGUGAUGUCUGUCAAUGCCCAUCAGUGUCACCUACCAGUGCCUCCUCAUGAGUG